ACAAAGACAUACAUGCUUACUUGUGUUUUUGCACCGACAUACGGGAUGAGGACUCCGGCUGCAAGUCUCCUGCUCCUCCCGUCGGUGCUAUUGCUUAUCCGGGCGCGCGUCGACGGCUACCGGCCGGUCAUCAUCGUGCAUGGCAUUUUUGACGGACCCAAACAGUUCCAAAAACUGUCUCUCUUCAUUAAUGAGACGCAUCCUGGCACGGAGGUGAUAGUGUUGGAUUUGUACAAGCACAUGUCUAGUCUUAGGCCACUGUGGAAGCAGGUAAAAGACUUCCACCGUGCCAUUGAACCCAUCAUGAAGAAGGCUCGGGAUGGAGUACACCUGCUGUGCUUUUCGCAAGGUGGUCUAAUAUGUCGAGCCCUCCUUUCCACAACCCCCGACCACAACGUCCACAACUUAAUCGCGCUGUCAUCGCCCCUUGCAGGCCAGUACGGAGACACGGAUUACCUCCAGCAGGUGUUUCCUUGCUGCGUAAAGGACACAAUCUUCCUGAUUUGCUACAACAGAGUGGGACAGAGAGUGUCCAUUUGCCAGUACUGGAAUGAUCCUCACCACAGGUCCAGUUACUUGAAAAACAACAAAUUUCUCCCAUUGCUCAAUGGCGACAUACCUCAUGACAACAUGAAAUCCUGGAGGGCAAACUUCCUACGCAUUAAGAAGCUGGUGUUGAUUGGCGGACCGGACGACGGCGUCAUCACUCCGUGGCAGUCCAGCCACUUUGGAUUCUAUGACAGCAAGGAACGAGUCGUCGAAAUGCGGAACCAAGAGUUUUACAGGAACGACACCUUCGGACUGAAGACGCUGAGCGCUCGCGGCGACCUGUCGCUGUGCAUCCGCUCUGGAGUCAAACAUACGCACUGGCACUCCAACUUCACUGUGUUCACCGAGUGCAUCGAGAAGUGGCUCACUUGAACAGAAAGGGGCGGGGGGUCAAGCGACUAUGAAAAGCCGUUUGAGCAUUUAUUUAAGGACCCUCAUAUACCCUUUCGGGUCCAUGAACUUGUACUGUAAUUUUUUUGUGUUUAAUGCACAUCCCCUGUACCCCCAAAAAUUGGGGGCUAGUACUGUUGUUGUACUAGCGUGUCAUAUUGUAUGACGAGCAUUCUCUUUGUACCUUAAAGGCCAAGUGUCAUGCCUAUAAACAUUCUAAAAUAGAUAUUGUGAUGAAAAAUACAUAUAACAUUAGUCACUUCAAUGUCCAUACGAAAAAAUAAAUAUGAGCGGAGAGCGCGUCAUCCAUGCGCAAAGUUGCGGAAGUCUCUUUCGACAUCCAAGUUGGCCUCAUCUUCUGUCCGUGACAUCACACCGUGACAUUCGCCAUUGAAAACAGGCUGUGGCCCCAACUUUGGCACACGCCCCUUCAGACACGGAAGCUCUUUUCAAAGAAGAGAACAUCUCACAAGCAAGUGAAGUCACAGGGCAAUAUUACCCUAUUGUUUCGAAUCAUAUUUAGAUGAUAUGCGGAUCACUCAGACUCCCUGAUAGUAUGUAGCCGAAGCCGUGCCUCAUUCACCGACGGGUACAUCGACACAUUUAGCACCCCUGACUUAUGUGCACUGAUCUUUUGUUAUGUUCUGAGAGGAUUACGCCCCCCCCCAACUAUUAUUUUUUUUUAGUAGCUGUAUACAAACCUACCUGUCAUUUGGAACCCACAAAGCUCUUGUACUUUGCACCCGUGCAAUCCAUUUUUCACGACGAACCGGGUCUUUUUGAAAAGUAUGAAGAUUGAAUCCAUCGUCCCAAGCGUUUGAACAAUAUCCAGCAAUACAAUGAGCCGCCAUUUUGGCUAACACGAAGGAACAACGGGCUCCCAUCCAGCAGGUAAAACCAGAAGAAACAUACGAGUCCGCUUGAGUGGGCGUCUGCUACUAGCGCCACUUCCUGCUUCUUCUCGAUAACAAAUCCUGAAUUUCAUGACAGUGGCACUUUAAGAUGGAUAUCAAGGAUAUUGAAUAAAUCCACAAACACCCUGCUAUAAUGUAGUUUGAGCAUUUUUUUAAGCACACUCAUUUUUGUUCAUAAUUCAACCCUCUAGUAGGAUAUGGAAAAAAGUCCUCAAAUACCCUUCCACGGGAGACCAAUCAAAAUCAAAAUGGAGGUUUGUGAUGAUACUGCAGAGAAAAAGGGAGGAAAAGAAGCAAAAUGUCAUUGUUGUCAGGAUUUUGUUUUCCAUUUUUGGUAUGAAUAACAACCAAAGCUCCAAUUGUGUGUAUAUAGCAAUUAAAUAAUGAUAUAUAUCAUAUUUGAAAAAACGAUUUUACAAUGUAGUGAACAUAUGUCAUUAUGCUUUGUGCCUUUUUACAAGAAUAAUGAAUCAUGCUGUUAUACAAUAACCAUGGCAAAGCUUUGAAGUUUCCUGAUCAUUCGAUGUCGAAUUUUAUUGAACAAUAAAAAUAGAAGCCUA